AUGUUUGAAAAGAAAGAAAUGUGGUUCAAUAUUUUGCUUUUGUUUGUUCUUCAUGGACAGAUUCACCAAUCAACAGCAGUUAAUAUGUGUACCAAUGCAUCAACAGUAUCACUAAGCGUAACAUUGAAUCUUAUAAAAGGAACUGAUGAUAAUGGUUGUUACUGUACUGUUAAACUACAUUAUUCAGAUACACCUGAAUCUGUUAAAUCAAGAAUUAUAUUUGAAGUUGUAAAGUUUUCUGGUUGUAAAUAUAGUCUUGAUGUUUUAUAUAAUAACAGCAGUCUUAAGUUUAUGUGCUCUCAUACUUGCCCUUUUGAACAUACUAUAUAUAAAACAGAUGAAAUUAAACUAUAUUUGGAGCCAGCUACUUCCUAUAAGAAUGAUACAACAUUUGAAGUGAAAAUAACAUCUACUGUAACUACCGUCGGUGGUCCCUUCAUAAGACUUGAAUGUUUUCAACCGAACAGCACUACAAAUACAACUGAAACAACUGAUACACAACAACCAACAGUGGGGGUGAUCUCAACAACCAUGGACUCCACUGAAAAAUUUGGUGCGUCGAAACAAAGUCAUAAAUAUUUAGAUAUAAGUAUAAUAGGUGGUGCUGUAGGAGGAGUUGUAUUACUGGUGAUAGUGGUUAUUAUAAUCUUAGUCUGUAUGUGGCGUAAGAAGAAGACAGGAAGAAAGAAUUAUGACAGACCUUUGAAUCGAGAAAUGGAUCACAGUUAUACUAAUGUUGACAUUGUUCGACAAGACCAGGGCAAUAACUCGUUUCAGGAAGAUGCUGCUACUGUUAACAAUGGGGUGCACUCUAAUAACAACUCCUUAUCGCCGCAGCUGACUGACAAUACCAAACAAAAUGUCCAUGUUGCAGAGAAAAUGGAAAUCAUACAGAACGAUCUUUACGUUAGUUCAGAUGACAUCAUGGACUCGAUAUCACGUGAUGAAGAUGACACCAAUCAGAAACCAGAUACUGAAUACGCUGUUGUCAAAAAGGACCGUAAACCUACGAAUACGAUGUUUAAAGAUGGUGGCGACUCAAAUUCAUCAAUUGAGUCCAAUAGUGACCGUAGGUUUGUUAUUGGCCCUCAAGGUGAUGAAUAUGCAAUAGUGAAUAGAAAAUAA